UUUCCUCCUGUUCAAUUCCCCAACCCAGUAUCAUUUCUCCAUUUCACAAUAAGAAAAUCCAAAAAUAUUAAAAAAAUUAAAUGAAGAAACCGUAAAAUGGAUGUAAUAACGUUCGGGAUCAUCGUGGGAAUUAUAAUCCUCUUUUUAUGCGCCGUUUGUUUCAUCACAAUCGAAGGCACCUGCAAGCGAAGAAGCCCUCACUCUUAAACCCUUACUCUCUUUCUCAUCUUACUCCAAUCCAAACGCGCCUUUAUUGGGGAAAUGGGGCCCGUUUCAGUUACCCGGCGGCAGAUCUACUACUGUAUGUUGGGCGUUUUGGCCGUGGCGGCGGCGGCGGCUCACCAGUGCAGCCACCACCAUCACCAUCAUGUACAUGAUGACGAUCAUGUGGGGUUGAUAGAGAAGAAUCAGGGGCGGCAGUCACUUCUUCCCGAGGAAAUUGCGGAAGAGGAAGAUCUGAAGAUGAUGUGGGGACAUGAUGAUGAUCACCAUGAUUGUGGGCACGGGCAUCAUGAGCAUGAUGGCGAUGUGGAGCUUGCUGGGCUUGGUCUCUGGAUCAAUGCCAUGGGUUGCUCUCUGUUGGUUAGCUUGGCUUCCCUUAUUUGCCUCAUUUUGUUGCCUUUCAUAUUUAUUCAGGGGAAGCCAUCAAAGGCUUUUGUUGAUUCUUUAGCAUUGUUUGGGGCGGGAGCUAUGCUAGGUGAUGCUUUUCUUCAUCAGUUGCCACAUGCUUUCGGAGGCGAGCAGGCCCAUUCACAUGAUCACCACGAUGACCAUCAUCAUGAGCAUUCUGGACAGUCACAUUCACAUUCUCAUUCAUUGAAGGAUCUUUCUAUUGGUUUGUCAAUUUUGGCUGGAAUUGUGGUGUUUCUUAUUGUUGAGAAAGUUGUGAGGUACGUUGAAGAAUAUUCUGGCGGAGAAAAUGAUUGGAAUACUGGUCAUCACCACCACCACCACCACAAACACUCUAACAAAUUGAAAGAUGAUGAUCAUGUAGAUGAAAAUCAUCAGGCACAGUCACAUGAUGAGAAAUCAUCUGAAGGAAAAGAAUUGGAUAAGCCUGCUAAAAAAGCUCGCAGUGGUAAAACUAGUGAAAAAGAUUCUCUGCGAAAGAGAACUACUGGUACUAAUGCUACCGAAGACACACUUGCUGAAAAAGUCCCCAACGGUAAUCUUGACUCCGUUGAGAAAAAAGCACCCAUCAAGUCACAAUCAAGUUUGGUGUUUGGCUACCUGAACCUCUUUUCAGAUGGAGUGCAUAAUUUUACCGAUGGGAUGGCUUUGGGAAGUGCUUUCCUCCUCUAUGGAUCAGUUGGUGGCUGGUCAAGAACUCUGUUUCUGCUUGCCCAUGAGCUUCCUCAAGAGAUAGGUGAUUUUGGAAUUUUGGUGAGAUCUGGUUUUACCGUCUCCAAAGCCCUCUUCUUUAACUUUCUGUCUGCACUGGUGGCACUGGCAGGAACUGCUCUGGCUUUGAUGUGGGGAAAAGAUCCUGGGCAGUCAUCGUUGAUUGAGGGUUUUACUGCUGGUGGUUUUAUAUAUAUUGCCCUCGCUGGUGUUUUGGCUGAAAUGAACAACGGCACAACAGCUUUGAGGAACACAGCGAUACAAUUAGUGUCGUUGCUAAUGGGAAUGGCUGUAGCCCUUUGUAUAUCACUUGUAGAAUGAUAGAGAUUAUAGUUUUUUCUUCUUGAGGAAUGUACAAUGUCAAAAAAUAUGAAUUAUUCCUUCUAUUAUCACAACUUGUAUACAAGAAUACACAUCUGGACAAAAUGUUGCGCUCGAUUUAUGUUGUUCACCUUAAUCGAAAUGAUAUUGAUUUGAGUCCUA